CUCUCCACCCUCUUUUUUUCCUUUCCUCCUUUUAUUCUUAAUUUCGUUCGGUGGAAAGAACGGAAGAGCGAAAGCAAAAGGCGGAGAUCGGCAACAGGGGCGAUUCUUUCUCCGUUUCCUCCUCUUUCUCCUCUCCUCAUUUCGAAUUCGCGUAAGCUCGCGUCUUCUGGUGUUUUACCUCGACUGCCCUCUGCUAAGCCAUUUUUUUCUUCUCUGUCUUUGAUUCGGUUCCGUUGCGUGUUCAUUAGCUUCGAUCUGAUCCGGUUCUACUCCAGUUCUUGAUGGUUUUCGCGUUUGGGUUGGGGAUCGAGUGUUGGUUUGUUGCGGUUGGUGUCUGCGGAAUCUCCUGAUGCUUCUUUUCCUUCCUUCAUCGCCACGUUCUGCGAACGUCGAUUUCGCUUGCUUGAUUUAUUUUAUGAUCCUUCUGUCGGACGUUUUCUUAAUGUUUCACGCUUUGGUCCAUUACUCGUGAUUCGUGGUUUCGAAACCACUUGUCUCUGCUUGAAAUCUUCUCUACAUGCGUAUAUCUUCUCGUAGCAUCCAAUAACCUCGUGGGGGAGGCUUCUUUGGGUUCUGUUCUGGCUUCAGGGGAUAAAGAAACAGCGAGCCUUUCAAUGGCGGACCGCAGUCGUGCCUUCUGCAUUGAAGAGCUGCCCGCACAUUUAAUUCUGGAGAUAUUGAGCUGUGGGCGUCUAGGGGCUGCCGACCUUGCAUGCCUCGAGGCAACUUGCCGGAUGUUUCGUGGUGCCGAUGGGCUAUUUCCCGACAAAUUCCGGUCCUUGGUUGAGUUUGCUGCAUUCCACAUUUGUAAUGUACACCCAAUAUUCGGUUCCCUCCCACAUAAUGCACGUGCAAACCUGCUUGAUCGCUGUAAUGGGAAUUGGAAGAGACUCCUGAGGUUCUUGCAGUCUGUGGAGCAAUCUUCCAGCAGCGUUGAGACAUCAGCAGGCAAUAUGCAGGUAACCACCGGAAGAUAUCAUACACUCUUAGUUCACAACUCAUCCGUGUAUUCAUGCGGAUCCAAUUUAUGUGGGGUACUUGGUCAUGGUCAAGAUACAACUCAAUGUGCUGCAUUUAGUCGCAUUAAUUUUCCUUCCCUCUCUCAUGUCAUCCAUAUUUCAGCCUCUCACAACCAUGCAGCAUUCAUUACACAGUCCGGAGAGGUGUUCACUUGUGGUGAUAAUUCAUCAUUCUGCUGUGGCCAUGGAGAAGUUGGUCGGACCAUAUUCAAGCCUACUCGCAUUGAGGCACUGAAGGGGAUUCCGUGCAAGCAGGUUGCCACUGGGUUAAGUUUUACUGUGAUUCUUACAAUGCGAGGCCAAGUUUACACAUGUGGGAGUAAUGCACAUGGCCAACUUGGUCUUGGUGAUACCAUAGACAGGCCUACUCCUAGAAUUAUUGAGCUCUUUGAGGGGCUGGGACAAGUGGUUCAGAUUGCUGCUGGUGCAAGUUAUACCUUUGUUGUCACAGAUGAUGGAACAGUUCAUUCUUUUGGUUCCUGUACCAACUUUUGCCUUGGUCAUGGAGAUCAACAUGAUGAACUUGUUCCACGUGCCAUCCAGUCCUUUAAAAGGAGGAAUAUUUAUAUCCAACGUGUCUCUGCUGGAGAUGAGCAUGCAUUGGCCCUUGAUUCAAGUGGAUAUGUAUAUACAUGGGGUAGAGGCUAUUGUGGAGCCCUAGGCCACGGUGAUGAGAAUGAUAAGACUAGUCCAGAAUUAUUGACCAGUUUGAAGGGUCACCUUGCUGUACAGGUGUGCGCAAGGAAAAGAAAAACUUUCGUACUCACGGAUGAAGGUUCAGUUUUCGCCUUUGGAUGGAUGGGUUUUGGUAGUUUAGGAUUUUCUGAUAGAGGAAGCUCUGACAAAGUCAUGAAGCCACGUAUUCUUGACAGCUUGAAAUCUCACUAUGUAUCCCAAAUCAGUACUGGACUCUACCACACGGUCGGGAUCACCAAUAGAGGUCUAGUAUUUGGCUUCGGUGAUAAUGAGAGGGCACAACUGGGGCAUGAAAAGAUACGAGGUUGCUUAAAGCCAACAGAAAUAGCAGUUGGGAAGAUGGUGGAUGAUAUGCCAAUUGCAGCACCUAGCAGUUGAGAACUCCUUUGUUUUCUUCUUUGAGGUGCCUAUCUUGCUGCUUAUGUUUUGUAUUUCAAUGUAUUUAGUCCAGCUGACAAUGGAACAUUUGAUUGUUUUGAUCCUAUAUUGUUCUCCAUAUAGUUCGACGGAGAAAUCUUUAGAUUUCAUGAACUAGGAUAAUGUAGUUUGACAGAGCCCAUGUUAGUCAUAAAAUGUAGUCCACAAUUUGCUCUUGCGAAGGUAAACAAAUUGUUUUAGUUCUUUUCAAUUUGUUUGCACAAUUUUUUGUAUAGAUGAUUGGUUGGAAGGUA